UAGGAUUUAUAUCCAAAAUUUGUUCAUACAAAACUUAGAGAAGAAAACAAUAAUUAAUAAAUUAUGGCUAUGAGGUCAAGAACACCUACAUCUAGAACAAAACCUUCUAUUGAUCCUAUCUAUGAAACUUUCCAACCCAAGUCAGAAUUGAAGGAAAAUGAAGAAGCAUACUUUCUUCAUAUUUACCUUCCUGGUUUUAUAAAGGAAAGGGUAAAGAUCACUUAUGUGGUAUCUUCCCAAACACUAAAGAUUGUAGGAGAACGACAAUUACUUGGAACCAACAAAUGGAGCCGAUUCAACCAAUCAUAUAAUGUUCCUGAAAAUUGUGAGGUGACUAAACUUCAAGGCAAGUUUGAUAAUGGAACUCUCAUUGUUGCAAUGCCAAAAAAAAUUCCAUCACCUAAAUCACAAGUUGAAACUAUCCAAGAACAAGGUGCAAUAAGUCCUAGAAUACCAAAGGGAACCACUCCUUCAAAAUCUACAACAACAACAACUAGAGUACAAGAAGAACCUAUAAUUAGAGACAAGAAAAGUCCAUCACCAAGUUUUGUGAAAGGCUUAAAUGAUUUGAAUAAGUUGAAGGAACAAAAAGGUACACCAAAAGAUACUUUUCCAACUCCAAGUCCUAAGGGAAAAAUGAGUGUUUUAGAAAAACCCUUUGUGGAGUACUCUAGACCUCAAAAUAAUAUUGAUGAGGAAAAUAAUAUGCAAAAAGGAAAGGCUCAAAAGGGUCAAGAAGAAAUUGAACAAAAAUCAAUAUUUAAAAUGGAUCCUAUAAAGAAAAUAGAUGAUGAAAAGAUUCAAGAGGAAAUUAGGAAAAAAACUUUGUUAGAAAAAGUUAAAAAACAAUUGUAUGAAGAUGUAAAGGAAAAUGUCACAAAUAAAAAAUUUGAGGAAGAAGAAAAGAAGAUGCCUUGUGAGUCAAGCAAGGUUGAUCAAAAAUAUGUUGAUCACAAUAUGUUUUUAGAAGGAAAAGAAAUAAAGACAAGAAAAGAGUCAAAAAAGGGAGAAAAAGAAUCUUUGGCUUCAAAAGCUAUAGAGAAAGAAAAGGAUACAACCAUUGACAAAGCAAAGAGUCAUAAGAAGGAUCAAAUGUAUACAAAAGAGAAGGGAAUCAUCAAAGAAAUGGCUACUUCAACUUCUCAAAUUGUCAAAAGAAUAGGAGAAGGAAAAUUGAAUGAUCAAGAAAAGCCUUUAGUUGCAAAUAUUGGUGCUGCAAUUUUAGUAAUUGUAGCACUUGGAGCAUAUGCAACCUAUAAGUUUACCUCUUCUAGCAAAAACUAAUUCUACCCAAAUCAUCAAAUCAACUCCU